AUGAAAUCGACGGAAGCCAUUGACGACGGUUGUCCGAUAUAUAAGCUUCGUUUCGUUCUCGCGUACUUAAAUAUAGCUAAUCUUCGUGUUGGAACCUUAGAUUCUCUAAUCGCUCUCGGCUAUGAUCUGCUAAAGUCGAACAGCUUUGUGGAACGAGUUUCUCAAAAGAUAAGGAGACAGAUCGAGGAGCUUGAGAGGAUUUCUGGUGUGAUGCCUGAAUAUACGAAUCCUCUUGUGAGUGUAAAUGGCCAAAAUGAGGGUGGUGGAACAAGGAGCCAGUUCUCAUCAGCUAUGUGGACAUGGAUGGACUCAAUACCUUCAACACCUGCCUCUGCCUGUGAGGGUCCACUGAAUAGGACAUUUGUGCGUAUGUCUAGCUUGAGCCGCAUCCGGCUCAAAGGGAUGUCAGUUACUGCUAGCAAAGUCACCGUAGCUAAGAAGCGUAUGGGAAACAGAGGUUUUCUUCUCUUGUCAAUUGUGGGUGCUUUGUGUGCCAUCCUCUGGGUGUUCAUCAUAGCUACAGUUGGUGUAAGGCCCGUCUUAUUGUGACCUAAACAUUUUGAUUCAGGAGUUGAAGAGAUUUGAGAAAAGCAACUUUUGACGAAAGGGGUUGUUUUUGGUCUCUCCAUUUCCUAUGCUUAUGAUAUUCAUAUUCGUAUUCACACAACCUUAGGUAGGGAUGGGACUUUUAUCUGGAAUCCAGAUUCGAUUCGAGAUCCGUUCUGGAUCCGCUCCGAAAUUAAGAUAUUCGAGGAUGCCCAGAUCUAAAUCCGGAU